UCUUGUUUCUCUCUUAGAACUAAAAGAGUUGAGACUUAGAACUCAAAAUCAUUCUCAUUUUCCACCAAUCUAUACUUUUGUUGAGCUUUAAGACUAGGGUAUAGUAUAAGAAAUUAAAACACAGGAAAAACAGUGAUUUGGCACGUAAAAAAUACCGAAUGCACAUACUAAGAAGCAAAAACAAUGGCUAUAGAUAACUCCUCAAAUGUGAGAAGUCCUGAGUUACCGCCGCCAGUAUUAUCUGGCGGCGAAGAAAUGGUGGCGGCCGCGAUAACAAAACAGAAGUGGUGGAAUAAGAUAAUAGAUGUAAAGGAAGCGAAGAAUCAGAUAUUGUUUUCGUUACCUAUGAUUGUUGUGAAUGGUAGCAUAUAUUUCAUCAAUCUUGUUUCUGUUAUGUUUGCUGGUCAUCUUGGCAAACUUGAACUUGCUGCCUCAAAUCUUGGUAAUUCUUGGGCUAUGGUCUCUGGUUUCUCUUUCAUGGUUGGACUAAGUGGUGCACUCGAGACAUUAUGCGGCCAAGGAUUCGGAGCAGGAAUGUACAGGAUGUUGGGAAUACAUCUGCAGACAUCAUGCAUCAUAUCAUUCUUCUUUUCAAUAGUGAUUGCUGUUAUAUGGUGGUAUUCUGAUAUGAUUCUUAUUUUACUUCGUCAAGAUCCUGAAAUCGCUAAAGAAGCAGGGGUGUUCUUGAAAUUUCUCAUGCCUGGAUUGUUUGCAUAUGGUGUAUUGCAAAACAUAGUGAGGUUUCUUCAGACGCAGUUAAUUAUCCUACCUCUCGUCGUGUGUUCAGUGGGAACUUUAGUUAUCCAUAUUGGUAUUGCCUAUGCCUUGGUUCAUUGGACUGGUCUUGCUUUUAAAGGAGCAUCAUUAGCAGCUUCAAUUUCUAUCUGGAUUGCAGUCCUCAUGUUAGGUCUGUACGUGUUUUUAUCGAGUAGAUUCAACCAUAUUUGGGAUGGUUUCUCAUUAGAGCCAUUUCGCCAUAUCUUUACGAACUUGAAAUUGGCGUUGCCCUCUGCUGCCAUGGUCUGUUUGGAGUACUGGGCUUUUGAGCUUCUUGUGUUAAUGGCUGGUUUGAUGAAAAACUCAGAAACAACUACUUCUGUAGUUGCAAUGAGUGUAAAUACUGAAACCAUCGCCUACAUGAUAUCUUAUGGUCUGAGUGCAGCUGCAAGCACUAGGGUGGCAAAUGAGUUAGGAGCUGGAAAUCCAGACAAAGCAAAACAUGCUAUGGCUGUUACACUCAAGCUAUCUAUUAUUCUUGCUCUUAUAGUUGAUUUGGCUCUAUUUUUUGGUCAUAAUGCCUGGGCUAGUCUCUUCAGUGAUAGCGCGGAGAUAAUUAGUAAAUUUGCCGCCAUGACGCCUCUCUUGUUAAUAUCCUUCGUAUUCGAUUUCUUUCAAGGAAUUUUAUCAGGGGUGGCUAGGGGAUGCGGGUGGCAACGUUGGGCUAUGUGCAUCAACUUCGCAACAUUUUAUGCCAUCGGCAUGCCAAUAGCAGUCGUCCUUGCUUUCAAGUACAAACUACAGGGUCAGGGUUUAUGGGUGGGCUUGAUAUGUGGUCUAGCUUGCCAAGCUUCUGGCUUAUUUCUAUUGACAUUGUUGAUCAGAUGGAAAAGAGUAGAGGGCCCAACACAAAGCAAUAGAGAAAUUGAAUCUCAAGCUUAAGCAUGGUCAUUUAUGAGAAUAAAUUGCUUUUUGGCCACUUAUCAAUCAAGGGGUUAUUUUUAACAAGAUGUUAUAAAUUAUACUAUUGUAAUAUGAGCUUGGAUCAUGCAUUAACUCUUCAACAAAUGUGGAUACAGGGGAAGGUUUAUUCACAGGUUUAUACCGUUAGGCAAACAUGAUGGCACAUGUUCUAGUCCCUUUGUGUACUGAAACUCUUUAAUUUCCUGUCUUAAUUUAACGUCUUUCAUUCAACAACAAAAUCAUUAUCUUUA